GUUGCAGAUACACGACACUCAUCAUCGCCUUCAACUGUAACCCCCAAACCAUCUGAGCCUGAAGCAUAAUAGAAGUUUAAACGUUAUCAUGUCAUCCCCUAAAACAAUUCGCUGGGGCAUUCUCGCGACUGGUGGCAUCGCCCUCACUUUCACGAAAGAUCUACUCGCCGACCCGACCACGCGCGGAGUCAAGCAUUUAAAGCACACAGUCGUCGCAGCCGCUUCUUCGUCGUCUAAGUCUCGCGCAGAAGACUUCCUGAAAGAGGUGGGCGCACCGUCAGAUGCGAAGGCAUAUGGUUCCUAUGAGGAGUUUGUGAAGAACCCCGACAUUGACAUUGUAUACAUCGCAACACCACACUCACACCACUACCAGAAUGCCAUGCUCUGUUUGGAAGCGGGUAAGAACGUGCUCUGUGAGAAGGCAUUUACCGUCAAUGCCGCCCAGGCACGCGCACUAGCAGAGAAAGCAAAGGAGAAGAACCUUUUCUUAAUGGAGGCUGUCUGGACGCGCUACUUUCCCAUCUCUAUCUACGUCCGGGAGCAGAUCGCCUCCGGUCGUAUUGGGCCUGUUGCACGCGUUAUUUCCGACAACAGUAUGGCGCUGGACCCCGAGAACAACUUCGCAGACGGCAAGAGUCGCAUGGUCAACCCUCAUCUAGCUGGUGGAGCUCUUCUCGAUCUCGGCAUCUACGCUUUGACGUGGGUUUUCCAAACCCUAUACCACACACAGCCCGAGAACUCAAGGCAGCCGCCUAAAUUACUUGCUUUUGUCAAGAACUACGAGCCUACUGGCAAGGCAGACGAGCACAGCACCGUCAUCCUUUCCUUCCCGAGAUCGAAGGAGGCAGGCGGUGAAGCGCACGCCGUCGCUACAACGUCGCUUCGCGUCGCUACCGCGCCGGGCGGAAAUUUCGACCUACCUUUCGUACGAAUCCAGGGGCCGAAGGGCGAAAUCCAGGUCUUCGGACACUCUUUCCGACCCCUCUCCACCAAAAUCAUCUCCAGUGACGGUAAUGUCGAAUCUAAAGAGUUUCCCAUCCCUGGUCCUGGAAAGGGCAGCGGCUGGUAUAACGGCUUCGGCGGCUCGCUUCAGUCUGAAGGUGAGGGCCAGGGUAUGUUUUGGGAGGCGGAUGAGGCUGCCGACGCGAUCAUCAAUGGCAGGAAGGAGGGCAGGUUCUUGGGUCUAGAUGAGAGUAUUUUGAUUAUGGAGGUUAUGGAUGAAGUCAGGAAGCAGGGCGGGCUUGUGUAUCCGGAGAAGAUUGAGACGACGAAGUACCCGACGCAGUUGUAGAUAUUCAGAUCCAACUCGGCUAACUGCCUUGAAUAACUAUGACAAUUAAGUAAAGAAAUAUCAAAUCGAAUGCCCAGUCCGCUCACUACUGAAGAAGCAGUAGCUGCAAGUCAUCGAGGGGUUUGGACCUGGGCUCGUAUGUUGGGUUGUUCCAUCCGCGCAACUCAAUUUCCGUUUCACAACGUUUCACAACCUUCGCUCCGGCAGAUUUUCUCCUCUC